UCGGCGUUGCCGUUGGCUGCCUAUAAAAGCCACCGCCUGCGAAGAUCACCCAACCAGUGUUGAUUAUACAAGCCCAGAAACCAGCAAGAUGUUCAAGCUAUCGCUCUGCCUGCUCGCCGCUCUAAUGCUGGCCAAUGUGUAUGCGGACAACAUUAACAAGGAUGCCGUGAUCACCCGCGAGGAUGUUGAACCAGCCGACGCCGAGGGCAACUACCAAUACGCCUUCGAGACCAGCAAUGGCAUCCAGGCCCAGGAGGCCGGAAACGUCAAUGGAAUUCGCGGAAGCAGCUCCUACAUCUCCCCCGAAGGCGUCGCCAUCUCACUGAACUACGUCGCCGAUGAGAACGGCUUCCAGCCUCAAGGCGAUCACCUUCCCACCGCUCCCCCAAUCCCGGAGGCCAUCAUCCGCGCCCUGGAAUACAUUGCCGCCCACCCUCCAUCACCACAGUAGUAAAUCCCGAUUGGAUACCACUUUCAAAGCCUAGUCAGUGCUUUUGCUAGAAUCCCCCCAAAAAAACAAAAACAUAAAUAGUUACAUCAAAUAUACCCACAGCCAUGCUGACCAUUUGAACAGA